AUGGCCUUUCUCUUCUCCCUCACACUCCUGCUCGUCGCCUGCCUCUUGGCUACGGCAUCCUCACCACUUACGACUCCACGUCGCAUCUACUCUUCUCCUUCACCUACUGGCAUUUCUUAUCACUCCAGUGGCUGCACAGCAGUCGCACCUCUGCACACAAUUUGUGCCGUCGCCAGUGGUGCGGAGCACAUUGGCACGCUAGCGAUGAAGUUGAUGGCACCAAUCAAGUGGCACAUCUUCCCUCCUCUCCACAACAAUGCAAAUGAAGUGGACCGUGGACUGUGUGCCUCUCAAGGCGGUCCGUACAACUUCAUCAUCGAGGUGGUUGUCGUCAUAUCCGCACUGACACUCCUCAUCCGCCAGCGUUCAGCGUUGACCUCAGAGGUCGACUAG